AUGUCGGCGGGCCCUGGACCACCGAAAUCUCCUGCGCCGCAUCCACCCCGACGGGGCCACAGCGUCACCGCCGGGCAAUUGUCGCGGUACAGGAGCGUACGAGGAGUACGGGAGCACAGGAGCGUACUGGACUUUGGCCAAGACUGGCGGGACUGGGAUGUGGACAUUUUCCAGGACGACGAGACGGUGUCGAAUGCCACGACGGAUACGGGCACGGCGACAAGCAUUGGCAUUUGCAUCGGUGUUGCCGUCGAUGAGGAAACCAUGCUCGACGAGACGCAGGCUGCACAAACAUCGGCAUCGGCAUCGGCAUCGACGCAGCAGCAGCAGCAGCAGGAGCAGGAAAGGCCAGCAUCGGCGGCGAGGCGACGCACUGCGCCGUUGCUGACGUCGUUUUCUCCGACGCCGCAAACACCGACCGGGGCACCGCAGUUGACGUUGCAUUGGCAGUGGCAAGAUCUCAUGUCUGCGAGCGCUGGCAGCAGAGACGAGAACGGCAACAGGAAUGACACGAUGAUGAAUAAGUUUGGUUUCGACGGAGAGUCGCCCGUCAACCGAGGAAACGGCGCCGGCACUGGCAAACGUAUCCCAGUACGGCCCGAUUCCCCUGUGCGGUUCAGCUACCCCAACCGAAGACGGCCCAAGACGGCUCCCAACGGGAUCAUCACCAAGCUCGCCCUUCAGCCCGUGCCUGACGAGGAACACACCCCCAACGCCCAGUGUGACCAUCAUCUUGCCCGAGAGGACGAACAACGCCAGCGUCAGCAAGCCGAGCAGGAGGAAGAAGAUCGCCGUCGCAAGGAACAGGAAGAGGAAGACGCCGCCCGUUGGGCUGCAGAGGUUGCCCGUCUCGAAGAGGAGACCGAUCGCAUCAUAGCAGACCAAAAGGCAAAGGAUCUCGCUCGACUUCAGGCUCAAUUGGAUGCCAUACCCGACGCACCGCCCCGAGUGCGAAGUCCCAUAGUCGACAAGUUCGCUUCCUUUCUCAGAAAAGGUCGCAGGUCCGAUCCUAACACUCUCACUAAGGCCUCUUCGGCAUACUUUCAACCCCUCACGUUCGAUUUCAGUCCAGUAAGCGACAUGGACCCUUCUCGCUUCAUCCAACCUGGCGGCGGCGGCAUUGUUCCCCAGACCGACGCCCCGGCCUCGGCCAGCAACGCCGGAGAACGCCGGGUGACUGUGCGCUGCCUGCAGUCGUCCAUCAGCUUGCCCGUGACGCCCGAUACGACUCCUACCGACAUCCUGUACUCGGCCGCUAAUCUCAUGACCCACAACAUCAACCCGAAAACCAGCACCGUGUUAGAAUGCUACUUUUCCUACGGCCUGGAACGUCAUUUGAGACGCUAUGAGCGUGUGAGAGACGUCAUGAACUCCUGGGACCGCGACAGUCAGCAUUGCCUCCUCAUCGUCCCGGGUGACUCGGCGGACAAAAACCCCGAACUGAACCUCGAGCGGGUGCCGCGCACUCUUGAUCCGCCACCAGGCCUUGUCAAUUUCGCACUCUAUCACUGUAACCGUCCCGGCAAGUGGAACAAGCGGUACAUCACGCUUCUAGAUAGCGGUCAGAUAUUUUCUGCUAAAAAGAAGGACGCCAAGAUGUCAGACAAGGACGCCGUCUCGCUCUGCCAUCUUUCCGACUUCGACAUCUACGCGGUCACUGAGAAAGACAUGUUGAAACGUGUCAAGUCACCAAAGAAGAUUUGUAUCGUAGUCAAGAGCCAGCAGAAAAACAGCGUUUUCCAGAAUACCGAAAACUUUAUCCACUUUUUCGCCACGGACGACGCCAGGCUUGCCAAUGACUUCCAGAGCAUCGUUCACGGGUGGCGCAGUUGGUACUUGGUCAACAAGAAGGUCGAUCUGACCAAGAAGACAAAGUCCCAUCACAGUGGUGCCGAGAAAGCUGGCGGUCUUGCUAGAAACGGAACCGUGCACCGGGCCAGAACGUCAGUCGACGAGACCCCCUACACGAUCGGAACGUUCUCUCCGCUGCUCGACAUGGACAAGUUCGAGAAGCCAAUUGAUGACUAUGGCAAGGACGCGGACAGGCCUGCAGCGCGACCAGCAGAGCAGCUCUCCACCCCUAGAAAUACCCACAACGUUGUCUCGCGGUCAAGGACGACGCCCCACGUAUCCCCGCCUACCGGGAAGGGGCUUGUUGACCCCUUCGCUAGGGAUCAGGAGUUCAGGUCUGCUGGUCUGCUAGGCCGCGGCUACGAGGGACGGAAACAUCAGGCGGAGAAGGCCGUCACCGAGGAACAGCAGUACACAUCCGACAGUCCCUUCACCGGGGGCAACUCGCUUUUGAAUCAGGUUCCGGAGCCCGACAGGCCACUAGAGAGAAGAGGCACUGUGCGGUCCUCUCGUCCCACAGCGGCGGACCCGAACCCUCUGCCGCGGACCCGAUCACGCCCUCCUACAUCACGUUUGCCCGCCUCUUCGCGCCCGAGAACGUCGGACGGCGGAUCGUCUUCAGGGAGGCGAGACAUGCCGCAGCCUCUUGUUGACCUGACGCCCAAGGUACCCCACCUGCCAUCGGCCUGGCGAGAUGCUCAGGGCCGCGGUGUCAGGGCCCCUAACGGCAAGCCUCUAAUCGAAAUGGCCACGGGAUGGGACCAGCCAGACGCAGCCCUGGGGCCGCAACUGCAAACCGUCACGCGUAUGGCCACCACGAAGGCCUACCCUCCCCAGCGUAUGGCGUCUCAGUCCGCCGGCUCAAGACCGCGAAGUCGCUCGACGGCAGGCGGCGCUGCCAUGCGUCGUGUCGUCUCCAGUGAGCAGCCUCCCGUGCCGUCGAUGCCUAGACGGUCGAGACGAGACGACGAGGACCUGCCGCUCAUCAACUUUGUUGAGCGUGACAGAGGCCGUGAUACGAAGCCCCGCAUGUCACAAGGGCUAGGCCGGAGCGGUACCGUCAGGCACUAA